AUGGUCAAAGCCGAAAUGUUCUACCAGUGCCCUGUCGCCGAGUGUCGGAGUGCCGUUAUGGCUAACUGCGGUCCGCUAUGCGUUACUCACAAACGCGAUGAGACCUUUGGGAAACUCCUCCUUAUCGAUCACACGAAGAUCGGCAUCCCGUGGGUCGGCCAAAGCAGGCGCGAGGGCAAGAGCUCAACCAAGGAAGACAACGAAGAUGCCGAAGACUUGGAUAUGCUCAAUCAGGCAAUCCCUUCCGCCAAAGAGAAUACUCCAGUGGCCCGGAAGGACACAUCUAAGCUGCCGAUGGCAUGUUCGAUCAAGGAGUGCAACAACCCGGUCGUGACCUCAACCCAGACGCGGUGCGUUGAUCAUCUUCCGAAGAAUCGGGGUAUUCAAUACGGUGUACCCCUGACUUCCCGCCAGGCCGCGAAGAUCGCGUACGUCAUUGUAACGGCGUUGCAGCAAUUCAACAUGUCUGGAACACAACCUAUGGACAGUGCCGCCCCCGACGGCAUGCCGAUCGACCAGAUCAGCCCGGCCGCCCCCGACAUGGCGCAGAAUGACCACAUCAUACCGGCCGCCCCCGAUAUCGCGGAGAACAACCAUGACAUCUCGGCAUUCCCAGACUCCAUGCAGAACGACCAAGCCGUGUUGGACAGACGACGCCGCUUGAUGGAUAUCAACACGGAGCUGUUCAUAGUGGCAGAUAAUGCACAAGACGCUGAGUCGGCCACUACCUGCUCCUUACUCCUGGAGAUCAUGGAUCGAGCGUCGAAACUCUCUGCAUGGGUGGUUUGGAAUGAUUCCGCCCAAGAGACAUUGGAUGAAAAUAUCAAGGAGCACGGCGGAGGCUUGACGUUGGAGAGGGUUCAAAGCCUCGCGGAGGGAAUGGAAACGGACGGCGAGACGUAUGAAGAGACCAUACAGCGCCAUUUGACGACACUUGAGGAGGCACUUGAAGCCGUGGAGAAGCGUCUUGCUCGCGAGAGUACGGCGUCCGAUCAGGAUCAGCCGCAAGUCGAGGAUGACACGGAAGCCUUGGAGUCGCUGUGGAAGAGGCUUGAGGCGAUCGAUCUGGUUAUGUGA